UUAUGGUUGGAAGACCAGUUUAAAAUUUAAGAUGGGAAAUUACCGCACCAAGCUAGCCAGAGCCGGAUGCGCGGAGGUGUCCGUGAAUGCUGGUAGAAGGAGUAUCAACAACCCAGAAGGAGAGUAUCCCCACUCCAACAUAAAAAGAGCACGAAAAGCUGAGGUAAACUACCUCCCAAACUUUCCAAGAGGAGAAGAUAAGGCCAGUCUGGAGGAACUGAGAAUCCAGAUAAAAAAUGAGGUUGAGAAGACCGAGCCCAACAAAGUAAUGAUUGAAAAACUGAUGCAAACAACCUUUGCACUGCGUCGCCAUGAGAUCGUUCAAGAAAACCCAAUGGUGAAGGACUUCUUAAAGAAAUGGCCAGCUCUGCGAUUUCACUCACAGGUUUGUGCGGAGUUCCACCGAGUCACAAACAUCAACCUGCAGAAACAGUUCUAUGCUGAACUUGACAGACACACACCACGACUUAUGGCUCUAUACAGACAGAAGUCCACACGCACUGGCAAGAUAUCGGAGGCUCUGCGAAACAUUCUGAAUCAUUAUGAUCAUCAGGAAGCACCUGAUGUCGAUGUGAAACGGACUGCAGUGCUACGUGCCCUUCCAGUAUACCUGCGGGAGGAAGACCCAGAAUUCUUUAAGACAUGUGAUGUAAGUGUCUCUUGCAUUACUUAAAUUCUACCAGUGAG